AUGAAGCAAAAACCUGGGAUAAUGUUUGUCUACAACUCAAUGAUUGCUUGUUACUGUCAGAACUUCUAUGUUGAAAAUGCAAUAAGGUUAUAUUUACAAAUGAGAAAUUGGGUUAUAAAUGCUACUGAUACCACCAUGACCAGUAUUCUGCACGCGGCUAGAAUGGUAUCAAAUGUUCAAUUUGGUAGGCAGGUGCAUGGAUUGAUAAUAAAACUAGGUUUCUUGACUAAUUUGUUUGUUUUGAGCUCUCUGAUUAAGGUGUACUCCAAAAAUGGAUUCAUUAAUGAAGCUCGAUAUGUUUUUGACCAAACCAUUGAGCGGAACAAUGUUCUUUGGACAUCAAUGGUUUCAGGGUAUGCUCGGAAUGGGAAAGCAGUGGAGGCGCUUGAACUUUUUGAUCAAAUGAUGGCAGCUGGAUUUGUGCCUGAUCAUGUUUGUUUUACUGCAGUGCUUAGUGCUUGUAACCAUGCUAGUUUUCUCGAUAGAGGUGUAGAACACUUCAAUAAGAUGAUAAAGUAUUAUGAUCUGUCUCCUACAUUAGAUGAAUAUGCUUGUUUGAUUGAUUUGUAUGCAAGACAAGGAAAUCUAAGUAAGACAGUUCAAGUAAUGGUUGAUAUUCCUUUUAAACCCAAUUGUAUCAUUCUGAAUGCUAUAUUAAGUAGCUGCAAAACUUAUGGUGCAGUGGAGUUGGGACGAGAGGCUUUUGAUCGGCUAUUUUCUUUGCAGCCGCACAAUUCUGCUGUGUGUCUAACAAUGGCUCGUUUAUACGCAGAAGAUGCCUUUUGGGACGAGGAUGCUAAUAUAAGAAAUAUCAUGAAGCCAAAAGGAGUGCAAAAAGGCAUUGCGUGGAGUUGGGUUGAUGCAGAUGAACAAUUGAGAUUUUCGCAGAAGGAAUUUGAAGUGUUGGAGCAAAUGAUUAUCGACUUCACUUAUGAAGCAACUGAUAUAAUUACCAUUUACCAAGCAUUGUCUAUAGUUGAGCUUUCAUCUUCUAUGACACAAACUUCUUGCCAAAAAAUGGAAGGGAAACUAGAAGCAUGUGUAGGGUUAGGAAGGUCAUUUUUUGAGAAAUCGGGUUAUGUAGUUGAUGGGGUGGUUGUGGUGGUGGCGUUGGUGUUGGAGGUGGUGUUAGCGAGGGUUGGAGGCGGGUUCUUCUUGGUGGUGAGCUUGUGGCGAGUGGUUCGCGCGGUGGAGAAUGUGUAUGAGUUGAGUGAUGAUGCUAUCCAAACCAAGAUUGAGGAGGUGGAAUGUGAAUUUGGUGUGUUAAGAGAAGAAAAUAAGAGGUUCUUGGAAACAAUUGAAGAGGAGGCUAAAGUCAUACUGAUGCUUCAACAAGAGCUUGGCGAUAAUAGGGGUUUGGGAGGCGACUUGCAAAGAGGAAUGAUGAGCAAAUCCAAUGGCAAAAAGCUUUAUCAAAUCUUUAUAAAUAGGCAAGAAAGCUUAGGAAUGGGAUCAUCUUGGAAUUUUUCAUUAAAAUACUUCUUCUUCUUCAUUUCUGAUUUUCCAUGGUUAUGGAGCUUCAAGCUUAGAUUUUCAUUUCUUGAGGAAGGGUAUGCUCGGAAUGGGAAAACAGUGGAGGCGCUUGAACUUUUUGAUCAAAUGAUGGCAGCCGGAUUUGUGCCUGAUCAUGUUUGUUUUACUGUAGUGCUUAGUGCUUGUAACCAUGCUGGUUUUCUCGAUAGCGGUGUAGAACACUUCAAUAAGAUGAUAAAGUAUUAUGAUCUGUCUCCUACAUUAGAUGAAUAUGCUUGUUUGAUUGAUUUGUAUGCAAGACAAGGACAUCUAAGUAAGGCAGUUCAAGUAAUGGAUGAUAUGCCUUUUAAACCCAAUUGUGUCAUUAUGAGUGCUGUAUUGAAUAGCUGCAAAACUUAUGGUGCAGGGGAGUUGGGACGAGAGGUUUUUGAUCGGCUAUUUUCUUUGCAGCCGCACAAUUCUGUUGCGUGUCUAACAAUGGCUCGUUUAUACGCAGAAGUUGGCUUAUGGGACGAGGCUGCUGAUAUCAGAAACAUCAUGAAGCCAAAAGGAGUGGAAAAAGGCGCUGCGUGGAGUUGGGUUGAUGCAAAUGAACAAUUGAGAUUUUCGAUAUUUUGGGCCAAUUUGAAUGCAUUAAUUGCAAAUUUAAAAAGCAAAUUAGCUGGCGAAUUAUGGUACAAGAAUUUAAUUGCACUUUGCAUGCAGUUAGCAAUAAUGAGUCCAUUUAUAUAG